GGGAAAGACACUGUGGAUUUUUAACAUCGCGAUGGAGGAUGCUGGAAACUAUGAGUGUGUUGUGAGACUACCCUCCCAGUGCUAUAAGAAAUCGGCCUUACUGAUUGUGAACCACACCAACCCAGAAGAAUGCGGUCGACCAGAAAAGGCCGACCAGGUCCUGACCAACAAAGCCACCGGUUUUCUGAACUGCCCAUUGAGUGACCAUAUCAGGGAAGUGGACAAUUACUCCAUUCAGUGGUACAAGGGCUGUGAACCCAUUGUGAAAGAUGACCCAUUGUGGAACAGGUUUAGCUAUGUCAAUGACAGAGUUACGGAGUUACUCAAAGUAGACGCGGUCAUUCCUGAGGACCAUGCGUUCUACACCUGCACCAUGACCUUUAACUUGGAAGGGCUCAGCGGCAGGAUCUCAGAGACCAUCAACGGUACGGUGGACGGUGAGUUUUGUUGGCACAGCUCAUAAAGGUUGUCCCUAACCACAGAUUAUUACCAUAUACCC